AUGGUGUCUACGCGCUCACAUCCGCAAGGCGACUUCCCCGCCACCGAACCUUCGCCCGUCAAGAAGACGCCGCGAUCACGAACCUCGACCGCGUCCCCAGCACCCAUAUCUUCCCCAGACUUUAACUCCUCGCCACCGGCAACAUCGCUUGCGAGACGCGCAGUUUCCAAUGUCAAGGCUGAAAUCAGCCCUCCCUCUCCAUCCGAGAUCAAUGAGCCGGCAUGGUGUCAUACAGCAUCGAAUCUUACGAUAGUAUGGCUCGCAGUAUCCAUCCCGCUCGUGCUAUGGGACUCCCUGUAUAUCCUUUUGCGCCCGCACACCAUGGCCGGUGGCGCAAUCCAAUGGCCGAUUUGGAAGCCGUAUGAGAUUUACGCCUCGAUAGAUCACGUAUAUGGAUGGCCUGGGUGGGAAAAUAAUGACGGAUUUGGCGGCGCGCAAGGCUUUUUGAACGCCAUUGAACUCGUGCUAUACGGACUUUACGCUAUGAUCAUCUAUAACCAUGGUGUACCCACGACCGGAGGUACUGGGCUGCAAGUCAGCGAGGGCGUGAGCAAGUUCCUCGCCGGUGGCAGGAAGGUGCGCGGAAAGCCUGGGAAUCGCGCGCUUAUCAUCGGGUUCGCUGCUGCGGUUAUGACCCUCAGCAAGACAGUACUAUACUACUUCAACGAGUACUUUUCUGGCUUCGCAAAUGUUGGCCAUAACGACUGGGCCACGCUGCUGUUCUUCUACGGUAUUAUGAAUGGGCUCUGGGUCAUUUUCCCAGCCUAUAUGACUGUCGUCUUCGGUACCGACAUCCUCCAGGCACUCGACAUCGCAGCCGAAUCUUCGUCUAAGAAGCGUUAUUAG